UUCCCAUUCGUCCGUUGGCUAACACUAUUAGGUAGUGCAUAUUUGUUUUGGCGCCAAAAGUGACGGGAGUUCAUCGCGAGAAAUCAAUUGAAAUUAAGCAUUAAGUCACAUCAUGAGCUUCUCGCGCAGUGCUCUGCGCUAUGCGCACACCAAUGGCUACACGGGACUUCUGUACACUCCGCGCGGCGAGUUCAUCAUCACGUGCGGCACAGAUGGAGACAUCCGGCACUGGACUUGCAUCAGUGACGACGAUCCACGGUCAAGUUGCCUGGGCGAGUUCGUCAUGUGCAUAGCCCACACGGGCACCCGUCUGCUGGCCUCCACGGAUCGCAAUACGAUCCAUGCCUACACCUUUCCCGAGAUGGACAGCGAUGGCAUCCUCAUGCGGUUCACGGCGCCGGCAACGUGCCUCAAGGUGUCCGGCGGUUAUACUGCUGCCGGCAGCGAGGAUACCACUAUUAAGGUGCUUAAGGGAGAUACAGCUGGCAAUGAAACGGUGCUGGAGGGGCACACUGGUCCCAUUCUGGCACUUGACUUGUUUGCGGAGCGAAAGCUGCUGGUUUCCGUGGCCGGAGAUGGCCAACUGAAGGUGUGGAACUUCGAGGAGGGCAAGGAGCUGAAGACCAUUGGUGGCUUGCCAAAGGUCAACAGUUUCGAGAGCGCCAGUCUGUAUGGCACUCCGCAUUUCGAGCCACAAACCGGUGAACUUCUGGCCUAUGCCGUGGACAACGAGAUUGUGGUCCUCAACACGGCCAACUGGGAAGUGGCCUUUAAGCUGCGCGACGACUCGGUGUCCAGUAACUACAGCUGCUGCCAGUUCUCGCCCAAUGGUGAGCGCCUGGCCGCCGGAACAACCAAGGGCGAGGUGAGCAUCUUCGAUGUAAAGAAACGUAAGGCAGUAACAGUGGAGAUUCCGCCAAGCGACUGCAAUGCCAUAACAUGCCUGGCCUGGAAUCUGUCCGGAGAGGUGGAGGUGGCCUUCUGUGAUGCCACUGGCCAGCUGGGAACCGUAUUUCUUGGCGAUGCAGUCGACACAGGCAACGGCGAUGGAUUGGUGGACGACCAAGCCGAGCUGUUGGGCGAUGACUAUGAGUUUGAGGCCGGCGAUGACGUUGACGCCGCAGCAGACGACGGCGAUGGCGUUAGUCUGGAGCAGCUUAAGCGCAAGGUGAUGAACUUCGCGGAUCCCGUAGAUCACGAUGACGCCUCCAACCAAUCCCUGGACAGCGGUAGCAGAACUGUGCCUGCACCCGUUGCUCCACAAAUCAAGCUCUUCAAGCAGCAGACGGCCUUUCAGCCCAGUGCCACACCGGCCGAUCUGGAGCAUCGCUACAUGGCAUGGAAUGAUGUGGGCAUUGUCACCGCCCAUGUGGAGCCCUCAGGCGAUAGCUCCAUAGACGUGGAGUUUCAUGACGCUAGUAUUCACCACGCUCUACACAUAAGCAACUACAAUCAUCACAAUUUGGCCAGUGUGAGCAGUGGAGCUUUGGCGCUGGCCUCCAACGAAUCCAGCAAAUUGGUAGUCAUUGCCCUGGCCGCCGCCGGAAACAAAGAGUGGUCACUCAGCCUGCCGGAUUGCGAGAGUGCAGAGGCUAUUGUGGCCACGCGAUAUCUAGUGGCUGUGGCCACCAGCUCCAGUUUUCUGCGUAUCUUCACCGUGAUGGGAACACAGCGUGAGGUGCUUACCAUACCAGGACCAGUGGUGGCUAUGGCUGGACACGAGCACAGCCUAAUGGUUGUUUACCACAGUUCCGCGCCCAGUCAGACGCAGCAGCAUCUCGCAGCGAUGUUGGUGAACAUAAAUGGAUUGAGUUUGCGACAAGAAUAUCUGCCCGUUCCGCUGACUCCCGGCCGACAGCUCACCUGGUUUGGGUACAGCGACACCGGAUCGCCGAGUAUUGCCGACAACAUGGGUCUGCUGCAGUUGUAUCGCCGGAGCAGCAACGCCUGGUUCCCCAUCUGCGACACCAUGAAGCAAAGCACCAGUGUGUCGCACAACUUCUUUGUGGUCGCUGUAUCCGAGAAACGUCAGAUAGUCCAGGCGGUCCUGUGCCGCGGUACCUCCUAUCCCAUGACCAAUCCGCGUCCCAUGCUCCAGGAACUGCGCAUGCAGAUCCCGCUCUGUGACGUCGAAGUGGAAAAGUCCGAGCUGGAGGAUGCCCUGCUGCGCUCCAGUCUGAUGCAAAUGGAUGGGGCGGAGAAGAUGCAAAAGGAGACGGCCAUCAAGCUGUUUGCAUUGGCCUGCAGCAGCGAGUGCGAGACGCGAGCUAGGGAAUUGAUCGAAUCGAUUGCCUGCACUGAUCUGCUUCAACUGGCCGUGAAAUACGCCACCAAACGUGGACGCAUCCACCUGUCCGACCGCCUGUGCGAACUGCUACCGCAAUUGGAGGCCGUCCAGGAGGCACGCAAGCAGCAGACUUUGUUGGGCGCCAGCGGCAUUGCGGCCACCAUUGUUCUGCCGAUGACCCCCACAUCGGCCUCACAAAGCGGCCCAAAACCCAAGCCCAUCGAGCUGAGCUCGGCCAAACGGGGCACCCUUAAGAGAUUGGUCAAUUCACCCAAUAUGUUUAAAGCAGCAUCUGCAGGAUCUCGGCCCUCGACGCCGGAUAUCACACCCUCUCCGCUGGACACCCAGGAGAACAUAUUCGGCGAAUCGGAAUCCGAGGUUCCAAUGGGUAAAGCCACCGAUCCCCGGUCCCCUUUAAAUUCGGUUAAUCCCUUUGCCAUGAAGCGCAAACUGGGCGACACUGGAGUCAUCUUUGGGUCAGAAAAGCUGAAGUUGGCAAAGAAAUAGUCUGUAGAUUGUUAAGUAGGUUUAAGACAAAUAUUUUAUAUAAAUAAUGUGUAACAUUUAUCCCAUUCUGUAAGCUACAUGUAUAAUAACAAAUUUUUAUUUGAGCUUUUUAUGGAACAGAAUUGUUAAGGAAUAAUUUGCUUAUUUAAAUUUAAAGAAUAAAACAUACUUUUAUUUAUAUUAAAAUGUAUAUUCUUUAAAAAGCGGAGGAUACAAGUUUAUUUAAAAUAUGAUCAAUAUGUUUCUAAAUAUUUCAAAAUUCUACAAAAUAAACAUUCUGGUCUCCAAAGAAUACCGCUGGUAUUUUUAAUCUUUGGUAUUUCCAACCACCAAAUAGAGUGACCAAACUUUGUAAAUGACAAUCGAUCGAAGCUAUUAUGUAGUUAAUUAGAAUUCCAAUACUUCUGAUGUAGUUAAUAAAGUCUCAAAACGCAGUUGGUCAUUUUAUCUUUAUUUGGUUUUUAUUAAGCGAGUGUACAUUCCAGAUCUAUUCCUGAUUUAUAACUGAUCUUAGUGUGGUCUACAGGCAGAUCUCUUGUGACAGCCAAGUGCUGACACUAGCAAAUUCUGCAAUAUAUCCAGCGAACUGAUCACCGUUAUUCGGAAAGGCUCUCUGCUGCACACGCACACACACACACACACAAGCCGGCAAGCGCACAGGGACAUCGUUAAAAUCUAAAUAGAGAGGUAUUCUAUUUUGAAUUUAGUGUAUGCAGGUGUUAAAUUAGCUUUCGUUUUAACCAUGUUUUUAACCGAACAACAUUUCUAAGAAAUCCCCCUCUGGUAACCCGUGCAUAUAAAACCAAACACUCGCGCAUCACUCGCUUCAUUCGUUAACUGAACGUUACGCCGUGCACUUCGAUCGUCAGCUGAAUAGUACAUACUAUAUCCAUAUAUAAUAUUUUUACGUGUGUGUGUGUCUGCGUCUGUGCUUUGUGUUCGCGUUGAAUAAGUAACUUUUAAUUGCCUUUAUUCGCUACAACAAUUAUCGAUCCUACCCUUUCUGUUUAAGUGAGUGCAUUACAAAAACAAAAACAUA